CUGUUUUAUAAGCCCCCUUUUACAUCAACAAGCGGUACCAUUUCCCCCUAAAAUUGAUUCUUUUUUCCGCUCUUUUUACGCAGAUCUGAGCAUAGAAAGAGAAAUCCUGAAGGAGUUAAAAGAGAAGCCCAAAGCUGCAAGGUUUCUGCUUUCUAUUGAGGCUGCAGUGGACCAGAUUGUAGAAGUAGGCUCACUCAACUCUCAACUCAAGCCUUCGGUUUCUACCUUCUAUUUAAACCGAAGGACUUUAGACUCAAGUACCCUUCGGCAACUUGGCCUUGCCAACACUCUUUAACUGCUUUGGAGUUGUUUGGAACUUUGAUCUCCACACAUCCCCCCAUCACCGCAGAGAGAUUUAACUCUGACAAAUGGGCAGCCCUAACCAUGAUUCACGAUCUUUUCUCCUCAACAAAUCCUCCAAGAUCUUCAUAGCUGGCCACCGCGGUCUAGUCGGCUCUGCCAUCGUUCGUAAAUUCCAGGCCCUUGGCUUCACUAGUCUCAUCCUCCGCACCCAUGCGGAGCUCGACCUCACUCGCCAAUCAGACGUUGAGUCCUUCUUUGCCUCUGAAAAGCCCGAAUUUGUUGUCUUGGCUGCUGCAAAAGUGGGUGGCAUCCAUGCUAAUAACACUUACCCAGCUGAUUUUAUAGCCAUUAAUCUCCAGAUCCAAACCAAUGUCAUUGACUCCUCUUAUCGCCAUGGCGUCAAGAAAUUGCUCUUUCUUGGUUCGUCCUGCAUUUACCCCAAGUUAGCACCCCAGCCGAUCCCUGAAAACGCCUUGCUUACAGGUCCUCUUGAGCCAACUAAUGAAUGGUAUGCUGUGGCUAAGAUCGCUGGAAUAAAAAUGUGUCAAGCCUACAGAAUUCAGUAUAAUUGGGACGCAAUUUCUGGGAUGCCCACCAAUUUGUAUGGUCCAAAUGAUAACUUCCAUCCAGAAAAUUCUCAUGUUCUCCCGGCUUUGAUGAGGAGGUUUCACGAGGCAAAGGUGAACGGGGCAAAGGAGGUGGUGGUGUGGGGAACAGGGAGUCCGUUGAGGGAGUUUCUACAUGUGGAUGAUUUGGCUGAUGCGGUAGUUUUCUUGAUGGAAAGCUACAGUGGGCUGGAGCAUGUAAAUGUGGGGAGUGGGAAGGAGGUAACGAUCAAGGAGUUGGCAGAGUCAAUGAAGGAAGUUGUGGGGUUUGAAGGGGAGCUUGUUUGGGAUACAUCAAAGCCAGAUGGAACUCCCAGGAAGCUUAUGGAUAGCUCGAAGCUGUUGGGGUUGGGGUGGAUGCCUAAAAUUUCACUUAAGGACGGGCUCAUUGAUACUUACAAGUGGUAUGCGGAGAAUGUGGUCAAACAAUGAUGCAGCUGAUUAUCCUAAUGCCUGAAUUGUGUUUCUGAUGAAGAUAUUGACGACUGGUUUGCUUAUUGCUAUAUGCCCCUUAAUAAUUUUAAGAGUCAUUUAUGUACUGCCUAUAUUGGCUUGUAAGAUGCGGACACAUUUUAUUUUAGUUCACCAGAUUUCUUC